AUUCUGUACUCCAUGGAGCAUAGUGCACAACUAUGUUAUAAACAGCUGUCACUCUCUUAUAAUGGCGUCCUCCUCCCCGACCUCUCGCCGGACUCGCAAAGCCCCGCCCGCCGCCGACCUCUACUCCACCGUCGUCAUCCACGACGACGUCAUAUCCCCAACAACAAUGGACGAUCCAAUCGACGACUACUACGACUAUGACGACGAAGACUCCUCCCUCCCUCCCCUCCUCAAACGCCUCCCCAAAGACUUCGGCACCAUCCUCGACUCCGGCGAAGACUCCUCCGCCGCCGGCAAAAUCUCCGGCACCAUGAUCGUCAAGACCGACCGCAGCGGCCGAUCCUCCUCCUCCUACUCCUCCCCCGCCUGGAAGCCGCGCAGCGCGCCGCUCUUCGAUGGCAACUCGGCCGCGAGUCCGAGGAAUUCGGAGAGUCCGAGGAAGAGGAUUGAGGCGGAAGAGGACGAGGACGAGAAGGAGGAGGGGGAGGGGGAUUUCUCGACGUUUGUGGUGAGAUCUGGAGAGAGAGAGACGGUCACGGGGACGGUGGUCAGGAGAGAGAGUGGGGGUGGCGGUGGAUCGACGAUGAGUAUGGCGGUGGCAAGCAUGCAGGCGGUGGGGGAGCUAGGGUUUGGGAAGAAGCAGCAGCAGGGGAAAGGAACGAGCAGUGGUUCUUCUAGUUCGUUUCCCGAUGAGAGUUGUAGUAGGUAUGGGCAGCAGAAGGGGAGUAAAGUGUCGUCCAGUUCGAUCCCGGAGUAUUGCGUUACAAGGGAAGAUCCUAGUACCAAGUACGAAUUGCUUAACGAACUCGGGAAAGGCUCUUAUGGGGCUGUUUAUAAAGCUAGAGACAUAAAGACUUCAGAAUUGGUCGCUAUUAAAGUUAUAUCGUUGAGUGAAGGGGAGGAGGGGUACGAGGAAAUUCGUGGAGAAAUCGAGAUGUUGCAGCAAUGUAGUCACCCAAAUGUUGUCCGCUACCUUGGAAGCUACCAGGGAGAAGAGUACCUUUGGAUAGUAAUGGAGUACUGUGGGGGUGGAAGUGUUGCUGACUUGAUGAACAAUACCGAUGAGCCUUUAGAGGAGAUCCAAAUAGCAUAUAUCUGUAGAGAAGCAUUGAAGGGUUUAUCUUAUUUGCACUCGAUUUUUAAGGUACAUAGAGAUAUUAAAGGUGGUAAUAUCUUGUUGACUGAACAAGGGGAGGUCAAAUUGGGUGAUUUUGGCGUUGCUGCGCAACUGACAAGAACAAUGUCCAAGCGUAACACGUUCAUUGGCACUCCCCAUUGGAUGGCUCCAGAAGUAAUUCAGGAAAGCCGUUACGAUGGAAAGGUGGAUGUGUGGGCUCUUGGAGUGUCGGCUAUAGAAAUGGCAGAGGGACUUCCUCCAAGGUCAACAGUGCAUCCUAUGAGAGUAUUGUUCAUGAUAUCCAUUGAACCAGCUCCAAUGCUUGAGGAUAAAGAGAAAUGGUCCCUUGUGUUCCAUGACUUUAUUGCGAAGUGCCUCACAAAAGAACCCCGCUCACGUCCUACGGCAUCUGAACUGCUCAAGCACAAAUUCAUAGAGAGGUGCAAAUCUGGACCUUCGGUAAUGUUGCUGAAGAUUGAGAAGGCAAGGCAAACUAGAGCCUCUAUGGCUUUAGAAGCACAAAAUAUUCCUUCUGGGACGUUUAUACCAGGAAAUACUGCACUGGGAGGUCCUAAAGUGAAUGAAGACUACGGGGACACUGUUCCGUCAAGGCCUCAUGAUGGACUUCAAGGUACACUAAAGCAGAGCGUUUCUGGUGCUGUGGAUCUUGCUGGGGAAGGAGACUUUGGGACUGUAAUAGUUCAUGCUGGAGAUGAGAAAGAUAAAAAACCUACUCAAACAUCAGCGUCCAAUGCAAUAGAAGCCUCACCGGGUCCCUGGCAUGCUGAAGCUUGUACCGUCAGCGGUGCAGGAGAUAAAUCACUUGACCCGUGGGGUCGGAAUGCAGAAGGGGUUGAUGUGGAUAACUCUCAGAUUAGAUCUCAAUCUGUUGCACAGACCAACCAAGCAUCCUCUCCCUCAAUUUUUACAACUCCUGACCAGAAAAAUAGCAUAUCUCAAGCUUUGAUUGGAAGUGGUGGUGGCAUUAGCAGUGACACAUUUAAAAGUGAGACUGCCAGUCGGAAAGCGUUGGAUAAGCUUUGGUCUAUAUAUGCGGCUGGUAAUACAGUUCCUAUCCCGUUCUUAAGAGCAACGGAUAUAUCACCAAUUGCACUGUUAUCGGACAAUGUACUUGGAGGUUUGCAGCAAGGCAGUGGUGGAAGUGGAAACAUAGCUGAGGAAGCAGUGCAGGAGCUUUUUUGUGGCGAUGGACAGUGGAAAAAAGGCAGGAGGGGACAGAAUGAGGUGCCACUUCCUCCAAGUGUUUACCAAAGGCUUACAUCAAGUUCUACACUAAUGAAUCUCACCCAGGCUUUAGCUUACCACAAAAUUUAUUUGAGAACAAUGGGAGGCAGCCCACCUUGCACCCCAAGCCGCAAGUUCCUCUAUGUUGAUCACCUCUCCCACUGCAAAGAUGGAACUUUUCGGAUUGGACCAAGAUAGAAUGUCUUCCUCACGGGAGCUCAGUAUGUCAAUGAGCAGGGUCCCCUUCAAACCAAUAGUUGGGGCACCGAACUCGUAAAUCAUACGAUUAUUAAGAAAAUUUGAUUUCAUUCAUUUCACGUGCAAGAACUUCGACUCUCAUUGAUUGAGGUACCCCUGCCAGUUGCUAGUCGGACAGCUCCUUUAGUUCCUCAUAAUUCGUAGAUCUCAGAUGAGUCAAUGUCGGUCGAUGGUGUGAAAACACUUCCUGAUGUUGAAUUCCAAAAACCAGCGAGAGGUUCCCCACCUCACUGAACACAUUUUCUAUGCUGUUCUUUUGCCCCUCCAUGUUCUUGAAAAUUGCCUGGUUUCUCCCAGUUAUAAAAUGUAUUCCAGCGAACAGGCCUUCGUUUUUUGCGUGUGAGCCCUAAAUUCAGAA